CGGCAUGACAUUGACAGACAAGUGGCAUCGAUCGACCGACCAUUUUGUUGUAUUCGAUCUGCAGGUCGUCGCCAUAUUAACUUGUUCCAUGUUUAAAUGUAGGGGUCUAAUGCUAACGUUUUUUAAAUUAUUGCAUCGUUUUUAAAAUUCAAUAGUGAGUGUAGAUCAGUGUCUAAAAAAGUUGAAUAUUGAAUCCCCCAUUUAAAUAAGGACCUGCGGAAAUGCAGAGUGCAGACGAGGACAGUCAAGCCAAAUCUAGGAGUGAUGAAGAUAAUAUUAACUUUAGGCCUUCGCCCAACUUCAAACACAUGAAAAAAUAUUUAAAAUCAAAAUUUGAAGAAAUGGUAAAAGCCAGAGAGAGCCAGAGGGAAGUAGCCUUAGAAAAGUCUGCAUCUGGACAUGAUGCACAAGAGAAAGUCAAUACACCAGUGCAGAGUGCACUGGUGCAACCACCUUUACCGCCUAACCCACCCCCACCUGAUACUCCUCCUCUGCUAGUAAACUUGAAGCAGGAGAUUGAAGAUGAUGAUUAUAAACAAAAUGAACCUCCAUCAGAGUACAAUCACACUGAAGAGCUCAAAACAAUUAACAUCAAAACGGACCAGUCAGAGGCAUCAGAAAAACCAAAUGUAGACAUGUGCAGGAAUUUUGCAAGAGGCAAUUGUAAAAAAGGUGCAGCCUGCAAAUUUGUCCAUGAAAUGAUUCUGUCUCAGCUGCCAGGGGUGUACACAUUCUGCAAAAACUUCCAGAACUCAGUGUGUGCUUACCCCAAAUGUAAAUUUGUUCAUGCCACUGUGUUCGAGAAGGAAAAUUUCUUUAGGACGGGAUACUUACCACCACAUACACUAGCCCAUCUAAAAGAGGGAGCUGUUGCACAACCACCUCCUCCGCCUCCUCAGCCUGAAGAACCCCCUGCGAACCUGCCACUUUUCCCUAAUGCUCCGCCACCGCCUGCAAUACCAUGUGUCACACCUGCGGUGGUAGCCUUUAACCCAACAGAUCCCAACAUAGAACGAGCAGACCUGAACAUGUUUAGAUCACCAAACAGCACUUCUCCAAAACGCGAGUGGGUGAUCGACACUGAAGUCGGCAGCUCGCCGCGCGACCUCCUCUCCGGUGAACCGCUUGCAAAGAAAUGCAAAAAUUGUGAUAGUAAUGAAUUCAGGUUGCAGUUCACUAAGACGAAAAUAGAAAAGUUGAUACGCGCGAAUGAAGAGCUCAAGGCGAAUCUUGCCAGAGCCUCCAGAAGGAAGGCGAAGCUCGCCGUCGUCAUUGCCGCGGUACUCAAACAAGCGAAGGAUGACAAAGUACCAACCUCUCCGCCCAACAAAGAAAAGGCAUCUACCAAACAAUCAAUAAAGACAAAAAGAUUUGUAGCCAAAAUAAUGGAGUAUAUACGCUAUUUAACAGGGGACGAUGUUAUGGAUACAGAUCCAAAUAUCCUAACUAACUUUGCUAUGGAUAUCGAUAGCAAUAUUGACGGUAGUGCAAUCAUUUCAGGCGGUAAUAAAUCAGCCGAACCAACUACUUCAACGACUCAAGUGGUAAAGAAAGAAGAGUUUAAAACUCCUACUAAAAGGAGUAAUGGAACUACUAGAUCGUUUAUCGAUUCAUUGAUGGACAAAAUAGUAGCCGAAGAAUAUACAUUUUUGAAAAAACUUCAUAAGGAAAAACUGGAGAAGAAAAGGUUAGAGAAGGAGUAUCAACGGAAAUUAUUUGAAAUGAAAAGGAAAAUAAAAUGUAUUAAAUUGGAGAAAUUCUAAUUAAAAGAAUCAUUUGAAAAAAAAACUGCAGAUACGGUUAAACUUGGUUCACAAAUUUUUUCGCCAUCUUGUUUUUGGAAAGUUGUUGACGUUGUUCUUAGCGGGAAAAUGAUCGAGUUGGAUCAUGGAGAAUUUACGUAUUGUAAUGUGCAGAAAGUAUAAUCAAAGUACAUAAUACAUAUACUAAACUUCAAACAUUUAUUGCGAUCCUGAGUGUUACAUAGGUGUUGUAGAAUAUAGUGGUACAUACAUGAUACCCUGUUAGCACAAUUUUAAUAUACUAUGACUUACUAACUAAUUAAUCUUAGGUUACUAAUUAACUAGUUAACCUUGGGUUAUAUAUUUAUUAUUAUAUUCAUAUAUACAUUUAUUAUUGUAUUAUCAUUAUAUUUAUACUAUUUACUUUAACAUAUCAUAAUUAAAUUGUUUUAUAUUGCACACUAUCUUACUGUUCAGUUCUUUCUGUCCUCGAAAAUCUCUUUUAUACUGUAAUAACAUUUUUGGAUAAAGUUUUUUUAUUUUUAUUUAUUCUUGAAUAUAUUGAAGCUGGAGGUUUCUUUUAUUACUAUAAUUAUUAUAAUAUAAUAAUAAUAGAUAUACAUAUGAUACAUAACGAACAUAAUCAAUCAUUUUCCUUAAGAUUUCGGUGUCCAGUGAUAAACCACUGUGUGUUAAGUAGUGUAGACUGUACGUUAGUACGUAGUGUAUGACAUUGUAUUUUAUUCGCAUUUUACCCCAAUAAAGCCUGCAACCAAUUUCGAUGUUGUCUUAGAAAAAGUUGUUUCAUUUUAGGGUUCCGUAUCCAAAAGGUAAAACGGGACCCUUUUGUAUUCUCUCCUCUGUCCGUCCGUCCGUCCGUCCGUCUGUCACCAGGCUGUAUCUCAUGAACCGUGAUAGUUAGAGAGUUGAAAUUUUCACAGAUGAUGUAUUUCUGUUGCCGCUAUAACAAAAUAUACUGAAAACUAGAAAUAAAUAAAAAAAAAUAUUUUGGGGGGCUCCCAUACAACAAACGUGAUUUUUUUGCUAAUUUUCUAAACAAUGGUACGGGACCCUUCUUGCGCGGGCCUGACUCCCACUUGGCCGGUUUUUUAAUAAAUAAAAUGUUAUUCAUCCUCCGAGCCUUUUUCCCAAACUAUGUUGGGAUCGGCUUCCAGUCUAACCGGAUGUAGCUGAGUACCAGUGCUUUACAAGGAGCGACUGCCCUAUCUGACCCCGUCAACCCAGUUACCCGGGCAACCCAAUACCCCUGUGUUAGACUGGUGUCGGACUUACUGGCUUCUGACUACCCGUAACGACUGCCAAGGAUGCUCAAUGACAGCCGGGACCUACAGUUUAACGUGCCAUUUUUUUACGAUAUUGCACACAGUCGAUGUGAGAUAUUCAUGAUGUGCCCGGGUCCAGAUACUGCAGUUGAAAGCUACCAGUGGCAUAAAAAAGUAAAGCAGUAAGCAAUUGACACUGAAGUUAUGGGAAGCCUUUUAUAUGUGUCUGAUCGUAGAAGCUGGGCAAUUUUCAGAAAAAUUACAUGAAGGACAACACUUUUGGAAAAACGAAAUCUCCUUUUGAAGCAAUCAUCCGAAUAGUCAUAAAAUGGAUCCAAAUCACGAAAAUACACUUUGUAACUUCUAAGCUGUAAGCCUACUAUAAAUGAUAUGAAUAAGCACAGUAACUUCUAACUUCUCAAAUAAGUUAUCUACAUCGUCUACAGUAGCAAAAAUCGCGUCGAUGGUAUCCAAACCUUCCAUGUUCUAAACCAAUAAAACCUAAAAAUAAGACUUAACUAAAGAAUCCUACUUUUAUAUUAUAAAUGUGAAAGUUUGUGAGAAUGUAUGGAUGUAUGUUUGUUAUUCAAUCACGCAAAAACGGCUGGACCGAUUUGAUUGAAAUUUGGUAUGUAGAUAGGUUAUAUCCUGGAUUAACACAUACUUUUUAUCAACACACCACGCGGGCGAAGCCGCUGGCGGAAGCUAGUUUACUAUAAAUACGGCUGUUUACAAUGCCAUCAAUUAUAUAAUUAGCAGUAGAGACCAUUUCGUAAAAGUGAAAAUUUUAAAAAUGAUUUAUACAAUUUUAACUAAUAUUAUAAAUGUGAAAGUAACUCUGUCUGUCUGUCUUUUCGUCACGCCUAAACUACUGAACCGAUUUGUCUGUCCCGUUUUUUUUUUUUUGUAAUAAAAUCUAGCCUAUGUCCUUUCUCAAGUUCCAAAAAUCUGCCGGAAGUCACUAUUCCACGCUAACGAAGUCGCGGGCAAAAGCUAGUCAUGUAAUAAAACUGAACUGAACAGCUGAAUAAAAGGUAAGAAUGUAGUAAACAAAACAAUCUGCGAGUAAUUGAAUGUCUUGGCUCAUACAUUUCUGAUGCAGAAAUAUGUGAAUAUCCUUUUUCCUAAAUGACCCAAGGGAUAACGCCAAUAGUAAAAGUUAGCUAUAAUCGUUUGAUACCAAUCUCAAGACAGGCUGAUGAUAGCCCAGUAACGCCCAAUCUACUUAGAAUACACUCUCACGCAUGCUUGGCUAGCCCUUUUGUUGCUAGCAACAUACUUCAGUUUUUAAAACCUAUUGAAACACACGUAAAAUCUUUAAAACCAAGAUUUCCCGCCGAUUGCCCGCUUUUCUAGCAAAAGAAUUAUUAAAAGCGCUUUCGCAUAGGCGUAUUUUCGACAGCAAACAAUUGCCAAACACUCGCGAUGGUAGUAUGCGGUUUUGUUUGUUGCACGUUUAAAGACCGAGCGGAAAGAGCAGGAAAGAACCUUUAUUUGAACACGCUUUUAUUAGCAAGCAGUUUAUGUAAGAAAACCUUGGAAUCUUAAUUUGACCCACUUCCCGGUCUUUGAUUAGGAUGAAAUUUUGAACAUGUUCUGAGUUCUGAUGACAAUGCAUGAUUAACUAAAAAACGUCAUUAGAAAUACAAUAUGGCUGCCUCCCCAAGAUGACGGACUUUCUGUUUGGAACCACAACCAUGAUAUGGGUAUGAAAUGAAAGGGUUUGUUGUCAGGAAUACAAUGAAAAUAGUCACGUGUAUUAAAUGCAAUACGACGGGCAUCCAAGAUGGCCGACAGGCUAUUUGAAAUGCACCCCCGUGAUAUGGGUAUUGAAUGAAAGGGUUUGAUGUCAAGAAUACGAUAAAAAUAAGCAAGUGACCGAAAUCCAAAAUGGCGGCGUACAUUAAGUUUGAAUAAGACUAAAAAGUAUAAAAUAAAAAUAAUCGUGAAAUACAAAACUUUCACUGAUAUAUAAUUUUACAUUUCAGACGAUAUUGAACAACACCAAC